CCAAAACAUUCAAGCACGCUUUCACUAUCAUUGAACGGUUGAGAUUUCGGUACAUAUGGAUUAACCGUCUCUGUAUAGUCCAAGAUUCGCCUGAGGACUGGCGAAGCGAAUCCGCAGCUAUGGGGCAAAUAUACAAGAAUGCAUUUCUAGGGAUUUCUGCCCUGGGAUCAAGCAACGAUGCUGAUGGCUGCUUUUUCUCCCGAGAUUCUGCACAAGUUGUCCCUAGCGUCGUCAACAUACGUGUCGAUAAUUCGAGUGAUCCCAAGGCAUUCAGGUUUCGCUCAGAAAAGGGUUGGGCUUGGAAAGUAACAUUUGAUCGAGAACCUUUGCCAAAGCGAGGCUGGACCUUGCAAGAACGUCUUUUAUGCCCAAGGGUUUUGCACUUUGGUCGGAAACAAGUUUUUUGGGAAUGCAGGGAAUGUACCUGCUGCGAAAUACAGCCGAACAAUGUUUACGAGUACGAUGGUUAUCGCAACGACAAGAACGAUGACAAUGGAGAUUCUCUGGACAAAUCAUCUUUAUCAUCGCCGUCCGUUCAACACAACCACCUUUGGAAACAGCUUCUUGAUGCUCCAAAGGUAAGGUACAUAGGUGAUCCCAGAGACCAGAUCUACGUAGAUUGGUGCGCAAUCGCAAUGGUUUUCACGGCUUGCCAGCUUACAGUUCCCUCAGACAAGCUUGUAGCUAUUUCUGGCUUGGCAAAAGAUGUCCGGAGGCGCCUCAAGGAUCUAGGUUAUGAUGAAGAUAAUUAUCUUGCUGGGCUUUGGCGUCAGAAUCUACCCGGGUGUUUGACUUGGAAGGUCUUGGAACCCGGUCGCAGACCUCCUUCGUACCGCGCACCUUCCUGGUCGUGGGCUUCUGUGGACGGUGCUGUUCAGUUGUGCUAUCCAGGCACACAUUCUGUGCAAAAGAAAACUGCCCUGUCUUUUGCGCUUGUCAUCAGCGCCAAAUGUAUUCCUUGCGGAGAAGAUGAGACAGGUCAAGUGGCCAGUGGUACUGUCACAUUGAAAGGACCUCUCGCGUCUGCAAUGCUCAUUCCGAGCGCCAUGACUCUUCCGGAAGAGACUGCCAUGUCUGUACUGAGCUUUGAAACCCCUGGAGUGGAAGGUCAAAAGCCUACAGUUAGGUAUCCGCGAGCUCGGUGCGAGGUGAUAUUUGACGUCAAGAGUGAGAUGUGUGCCGAGAUCUACUGCCUGCCAAUCGAAGCUCGCCAUAUGUUCAGGAAUUUUUGGGAACUAUUUGGUCUAGCCUUAAUUCAGACUAAGCGAGACACGUACUCUCGAGUUGGCUACGUCGAAAUGCUGCACGAGAGUGAGAUGGCUGCAAAUAAUUUCUUCUCCGAUUUUCCGGAGCAUACUUGCGUCCUCGAGUGAAUAUAGGCCAGACUUCUCUACAAUCAUGAUCUCGCCUCAUAGUAGGCUUCAUCGCUCGUUCUACCAAGGCCCUUCCAGGCAUGUUGAAGGUGUGUUGGAGGCGACAGCCGAAUCCCACUGGAUAUAGUAG